GUAGGGGAGUGUGGUUGCCAUCCUCCCUGCCACUAAAAGGUUAUCGGAUUGGUGAGGGAAAAGAGGAACACUUCAACCACAUCUCUUUCUUUAUCUUUUUUUUUUUUUUUGUUACGUAGGCAAAUUAUCAUUUGUUCAUCACCGGGUAAUCUAGCUUCUUCUCUUUUUCGCUGAUCAUUGUCAUCAAAAAAAAUAAAAAAUAAAAUCGUUUAAGAUGGCAUCAACCACAGCAGCUUCAAGCAUAUCUACUUUCUCCAAGAAUCAUUCUCCCAAAUCUACUUCAUCAUCAACAACAACUCCUCUCGUAACAUCCCUCCAUCAAGCCAAUUCUCAAAACCAGAAAACGAGCUUCCGGGGACUCACACUGCAAGAAGCUAAAAAGGAUAUUACAGAUUCCUUCAUAUCUAAAAGAAACACUAGUACUGGUUUCAUCUCAAAGGGACGGUUGGAGAUCAAAGCUAGAAGUACUGCUGCUAAGAACAUUGAGGUUGAAGUUGAUAAGCCAUUAGGUCUGACUCUGGGUCAAAAACAAGGUGGUGGUGUUGUCAUUACUGCUGUGGAUAACGGUGGAAAUGCAGCAAAAGCAGGAUUGAAAUCAGGAGACCAAGUGCUGUACACUAGCAGUUUCUUCGGGGAUGAACUUUGGCCAGCUGAUAAGCUUGGAUUCACUAAAACAGCCAUCAAUGCAAAGCCUGAUUCUGUCUACUUUGUCGUCAACAGAGGUGGUGCCGAUGUAGAUGUUAAACGUUUGCCAAAACGCCCAGCACCGCCACGUUUUGGAAGGAAGCUGUCUGAAUCACAAAAGGCAAGAGCAACUCACAUAUGCCUCGAUUGUGGCUUUAUUUACACCUUACAAAAGCCUUUUGACGAGCAGCCGGAUGGUUAUGCGUGCCCGCAAUGUCUAGCCCCAAAGAAAAGAUUUGCAGAAUAUGACGUCAAUACUGGAAAAGCGAUUGGUGGUGGUUUGCCACCUAUAGGAGUUAUCGUGGGUUUGAUCGCCGGGAUUGCAGGAGUUGGAGCUUUGCUUGUAUAUGGUCUUCAAUAAUUUGAUGAUUUUGAUUCUAAGACUCUUAUCUAAUUAUAUAUACUGGUAUAAAGAAAAUAUCUAUUUUUCUACCGCACCAAAUUUUGGUA